AUGGCCAUCACAAGUGCUAUCAGCGACCUCUUCAGCUCCAUCUACGAGCUUCUCGCCUCCGUCUUCAACACCAUCUACUCCGUCAUCCACUCCAUUCUCACCGCAAUCCUGGCCUUCGUCCAGGGUUUCUUCAACCUCAUCGGCGAUGUUGUCUCCGGCCUCGUUGAGGUCACCGGUGGCGUGGGCAAGUUUGUAGCCAGCAACGCUGCUAUCCUCGCUAUCGGCGCCCUUGGUGCUUUCGCGUACGUGAGGUACACUGCGCAGGGACGAGCUGUUGCAAACAAGAAGACUCAGUAA